AUGAAGGGCAGGGAGGAGAAGGAGGGUGGCACGCGGCUGGGCGCUGGCGGUGGAAGCCCGGAGAAGAGCCUCAGCGCGCAAGAGCUCAAGGAGCAGGGCAACCGGCUCUUCGUGGGCCGCAAGUACCCGGAGGCGGCGGCCUGCUACGGCCGCGCAAUCACCCGGAACCCUCUGGUAGCUGUGUACUACACCAACCGGGCACUGUGCUACUUGAAGAUGCAGCAGCAUGAGCAGGCACUGGCUGACUGCCGGCGUGCUCUGGAGCUGGACGGGCAGUCAGUAAAGGCACAUUUCUUCCUGGGGCAGUGCCAGCUUGAGAUGGAGAGCUAUGAUGAGGCCAUCGCCAAUCUGCAGCGAGCCUACAACCUGGCCAAGGAGCAGCGGCUCAACUUUGGUGAUGACAUCCCCAGUGCUCUGCGCAUUGCCAAGAAGAAGCGCUGGAACAGCAUUGAGGAGCGGCGCAUCCACCAGGAGAACGAGCUGCAUUCCUACCUCACACGGCUCAUCCUGGCACAGCGGGAGAGGGAGCUGGAAGAUUGUCAGCGGAACCACGAAGGUGACAAGGACGAUGGCCACGUCCGGGCCCAGCAGGCCUGCAUUGAGGCCAAGCAUGACAAAUACCUGGCAGACAUGGAUGAAAUCUUCUCCCAGGUGGACGAGAAGAGAAAGAGGCGAGAUAUCCCUGACUACCUGUGUGGCAAGAUUAGCUUCGAGCUGAUGCGUGAGCCAUGCAUCACGCCGAGUGGCAUCACCUAUGACCGCAAAGAUAUUGAGGAGCACCUGCAGCGUGUGGGCCACUUUGACCCUGUGACGCGGAGCCCACUGACCCAGGAACAGCUCAUCCCCAACCUGGCCAUGAAGGAGGUCAUCGACGCAUUCAUCUCCGAGAACGGCUGGGUAGAGGACUACUAAGGCUGCCAGUGCAGGGCCUGUGUCCCCAGCCCUUGUACAUAGUCUGUCCCUGGACCCCCCCACCCCCUAGUGUCCUGCCCUACCCUGUCGUACUGCUGAUGGGCUCUGAACUGUUCCUGUUUCAGCACAGCCCUCCCUAGGUACAAGCCUCCCUACCCCCGCUUCUGGGCCCAAAAUAGCAGUGAGGGUGGGCUGGGCCAAAACCAACCUUGCUACCAUUGUUCCUGUAAUAAAAUCUCUGAGCACUA